AUGUGUCCUAAAACGGUUUUGUAUGUCGCUGUAUUUCUAUCGCUGCUCCUCGGUGGUAAUGCUAUGUUUGCGCAAAGAAAGGGCCUGGAAGAUGGUCCCGACUACGCAGAGAUUGCUGGAAAUCUCUCUGCCGCUAUUGUGGAGAUGGUGCAGAGCAGCUUUAUCGGCAACCGAAAGGUGCUCACAUACAACCUCUACGCCUUUGUUCAGCAGCCGGAAAGGCGUUACUUGUUCGAUGACAUUAUGGAAAAUGUCCUGCGGUCAUCGGGUAAAAACGCUACAGUGCGUAUUGGUAUGGGUGAACCGGUGCCGGGCGAUCAUGAACGUCACUAUAACGUACUGCUGGUCGAUUCGUCGACUUCAUUAAACUCGCUCUAUGCGGAGUUCGCCAAGUAUCACCUCUACACGAACGGCUACUUCGUUAUUGUCUUACACACCUUCGACUCGGCGCAUUACUAUGAUGUGCUCUUCGAAAUAUUCGAGCUUAAUUGGUUUUUAGGCAUAGUCGAUGCCAAUGUCUUGGUGUAUGCGUUGACCAACUUGUCGCUGCUCUACAAUAUUCACCCCUUCAAUGAGUUCCAUUGCAAAGGGUUGGCGCCGACUAUAAGCAACCGCUUCACCAAUUCACGGUGGUGGCAUACGAACUUCUAUCCCGACAAACUGGCGGACUUACAUGGCUGUGCUCUGGUUUGUGCCACUUGGGAGGAAAUGCCAUACCGCAGUUUGAAGGAACAGAGCGGCGAAGUCGGUGCACUGGCAGGCAUUGAAGGCAAGCUGUUGGAAUAUUUGGCAAUAACUCUAAAUUUUUCUUUGAAAUUUCGUUUGCUUAACGACUACGAGAGCUCGCAUACCCUGGAUAAGAAAGGUGUGGUUUUUAAAGAGCUUAUUGCGAACGGAACUGAUUUCGUAGUUGGUGCCUUCCCAUAUAGAAUGCCAGCUAAAGACGACAUUUUCACGCCCACAUUUCCUUAUUUCCUCAGUAGUUUGAACUUCAUUGUCAACUCAAACCUGGAGCCCUAUUCGCCGUUUAGAAAGUUAUUUCUACCAUUUAGAAGCCACAUUUGGCGUCUGCUGCUGUUCAUCUACCUGGGCGUCUUUGCGCUUCGGCUGAUUUUUUCAUUGAUGGGCGUAUCACGAAGUCACUUUGUGUUUGGCGUUACGAAUCAUAUGCCGGGAAUAAAUAUGUUUAACGUUUGUUUGGGCGGAGCACUCCCACCCCGUCAGGUGCCACGGCGAAAUUUCGCACGGUACGUUCUAAUGCUUUGGCUAAUAAUGACUAUGUUGCUGCGCAGCUCUUACCAGGCGUUCUUGUACAACCUGAUUAAGUCCAAUAUAGGUCGACCGCCACCGAAUACAAUUGAGGAGUUGCUACGUCAGAACUACCAGCUGCUCAUGACCGAAGAUGUAUUGGCCACUAUAAACGACUUGCCCGUGAUUUCUUCGAGCGCGCAAGUCUUGAACAUAUCGCGUACCGACAGUUUCGAAUUGGUGCGUCAGUCAGAUCGGCGCAUUGCCAUACUGACGCCAUACGAAUAUGUGGGUUACUUCAAGCGUUACAAUUCGUCCUUUACCAAGGGCGUCCACGUGGUUGAGGAACGGGUGUUUACGCAACAGUUAAGCUUCUACAUGGCGAGCAAUUCCAUGCUCUUACAUCGCUUCAAUGACAUCAUUUUGCAAUACAUCACGGUGGGUUUGUGGGAGAAAGGGGUUAGAGAGCUGCUGGAUAUGAGUCUGCGAUUUGACGGUGGAUCCGAGGAACCAAUAGCAAAGGUUACGGUGCAACAAAUGUCCGGAGCUUGGUAUGUUUGGCUUACCGGAAACGUUCUGAGUGCUUUUGUUUUAGUCGUUGAAAGGCUUUGGAAAUGGGAGUAA